CAACCUGGGAAAGCACCGACCGAGGAUUUCAUUGUACACGGCCGCAAACGAUGCAUGCGUUGCUUCUUGGAUCGCUUUUGGUCAUAUCCAGACGAUGCACAGCGAUCACGACCAUCGCUAAGGACGACGCCGUCCGACGAGACACAGCACUGACCCGAAGCGCCGGCGGCGCGGCCGCGGACGCCAGCGCCGCGGACGCAGCACUGACCCGCAGCACCGGCGGCGCGGUCGCGGACGCCAGCGCCGCGGACGCAGCACUGACCCGCAGCACCGGCGGCGCGGUCGCGUGGCGACCCGUUCCGUCGUUUGCGAUCAAUUUGGACCUCGCGCCCGAGCAACGCUACGUAGGAGUGGCGACGCGUUUCAAUUCAUCCAUCUGGCGCUUCUACGACAAGCUCUUCGCGCACGACGCCGCGUUGACCAAUGCGCUGUACGCCAUGGUCGAUAAGAGAGGCCCGGAGCCCGACAGCGUGAUGAGAGGUGAGAUCGAAGGCAUCGUCGCGACGACGCGCCUGCCCGCGAAGUUCGUCCAGGGCGUGCAAGCCCUCUACGAACUGCAGACGCUCAUGGUGCCCGUGGUAAAUGGCUCGUCGCGCCAGGACCCGCUGCCGCGCCGGUACCGCGCGCUGGAGAGCUGGCCGCUGCGCGGCCCGGGCUGCACGGGUAUUGUUGCGACGAACACCGCGGACGGAACGGUGGUCCACGCUAGGAACAUGGACCUGGCUCCCGUGAAGUUGUUCGCGCCGCUCGUCUACGAGGGCGUCUUCACGCGGAACGGAUCGGUCGUGUUCCGCGCCGAGAUGGUCGCGGGCUACGUGUCGCUCCUCACGGGGUACCGACCCGGCGCCUCCGGAUACGUCGUCGAGCGGAACACGCGCUACCCGGCGCACAAAGGAGGCAACCGCGAGAUGCUCGAUAAUCUGCUCGAAGGCGUGCCGUUGUCGGGCUGGACGCUGCGGCGCAUGAUCGAAAGCAUCUCGACCUACGACGAGGCGCAAGCCAAGGUCCAGAGCGCGCAUUUCGUCGCGACGGAGUAUGUUGUCAUGUCGGGCGUCCGUCGAGGCCACAUCAUCGCGCGGGACCCUGCUAGCGUCGCGCACCUGUCGACGCUCGGCCCGUCGGCCUACGUGAUCGUGACGAACUUUGACUACUGGUGGCACGACGUGAGGGAGUAUUUGGACCCGACGGGCGGCCACCUCGGGCUCCCGCGGCGCGUCGCGGCGCAGCGCAUCCUGAACGCGUCCCUGAACACCGGCCUCGCGCUGACGCCCGGAUUGCUGAACGCGACCAUCUCGGCGGACGGCGUCCUCGCGGACACGAUCUUCCAGGCCGUCGCCGACGUCGAGGUAGGUCUGUGGUCGAUCGCGCAGCCGGUGCUGCCGUGA